UUGGCUGCUAUCUACUAGCUUACUACUAUCAAGGUGAUACAGGAACUCGCCCUGACAUCAUGUGACACACAUUAGGAGUGUGUCACAUCACUACCGGUAAAAAUAGCAUGUUGUGUCACACACACACACACACACAGGAGUCAAGUCACAGUUCGGUAAACAAGCUAGCGGACUGGACCUGUGGGCUGUACGGACGACGGUUAACAGCAUCGACUUCCUGUCGGCGGCAGAGAUGGGCGUGGAGAGGAAGCUGGACGCCCCCGUCUAUGACCUUUCUAUGGUGCGAGGGCUCUGGGAAGGUCGAGUGAAGAAGUACAAACAGAGACAGAGGAGGGAGCAGGAGCGAAUCGAGAAGAGCGCCCUCGCAAGGAUCGACCAGGAGUGGCAGUACCGCAUCUACUGCAAAACCCUGAAGAGCACCGAACGCGAGUUCCUCCAUCGGCACCUGCGGAGGUCGCAGUUAUCGGACAAACAGUUCCACGACAGCGGACACAGCCCCGGAGGAGUGAUCGCAGAGACAGGGACAGGUCCAGACCAGGAUCAGGACCACAGGGACCCCGAAGGACCCAAUCCCCAUGAAGAACCUGAUCCUGGGAAACUGAGUCUGCGCAUGGAGGGUCAGCAGUGGACGGACUUUCCCAGAGAGCUGCAGUGGAUGACUUACCUGAAGGAGUGGCACGUGAGCCGGACGAGGAUCCAGAAGCUUCCGGACUACCUGGCGCUCUUCACCCAGCUCACCGUGAUGGACGUCCCGAAGAACGCCAUCGCCGAGCUGCCGCCCGAAAUCGGUAAACUAACGGAGCUGCGGGAGUUGAACGUCAGCUACAACCAGUUGUCCAAGGUUCCUCCGGAGCUGGGAAACUGCGAGAAGUUGGAGAAACUCGAACUGGCGGGAAACCGCAGCCUGUCGGAGCUCCCCUUCGAGUUGCGCAACCUCCAACUGCUGACUCAUCUGGACAUCGCGGAGAACCGCUUCAUGUCCAUCCCCAUCUGUGCCCUGAGGAUGAGCAGCCUGCAGCUGUUGGACCUCAGCAACAACUGUCUGACCGACCUGCCACAGGACAUGGACAGGUUGGAGCAGCUCGUGACGCUGUUCGUCCAUAAGAACCAACUGACCUACCUGCCCAUGUGCCUCACCAACAUCUCCACGCUGAAGAUGAUCAUCGUCAGUGGCGACGAGCUCACCUGCACGCCCACCAAGCUGUGCAGUAACCCAGAAAUCAAAUUUGUCCGACUGUGUGAUAACGCACUGAAAAAGAAGAAGAAGGAGGAGAAGAAGAAGAAAGAGAAGACCAGGAAAUGGAGGUGGAGAACGCCAGAGGAGCAGCAGGAGGUGAAGGACGGCCGGGAGAAGGAGUUCAUCGAGGCGUACGUCAACACCCUGAAGGACAGAGACACCGUCCCUUACUCCACCACCACGGUUUCCAUUUCCUGCCAGCUGUGAAGAUGAAGAUGAUGAAGGUUACACCGGAAGUCUGAGAUACGAGAGCGAUAGGUUGUUUUUUGGUUUUUUUUUGAUUGAAAUGAAUAAUCAGAGAACAUGUUUUUCAAUAGUUAAUUAAGUAAAAAACUUUUUUUUUGACUUUUUGGUUUAGAUCGUGUGAGAGAUUGAUUCAAAACGCUGCAUUAACUUCUAAUUUUAAAAUUUUCAAUUAAAAACAUUGAACUGCUGAAUUAUAUUCGGAGCUGCAGGCGACUUAAAACGGGUUGAAAUUAAAAAUAUCAAAAGCUUGGUAUUUCAUAUAAAUGCUUAAAGUUUGAAUUUUUACAAAUUUUUUUUUUUUUUGAUUGUGAAACAAGAAUAUUUUUGUAGAUUUCACAGUAAAUGACUGCCGAGUUAUUUUUUUUUCCAUUCCAAAAAUAUUUUCCAUUUGCAUGAAAGAAUUUUUUUGUUCAAGAAAAACAAAUAUUGUAAAGAUUUCCAUAUUCUCCACUUACAAAAUUUUACAGGAUAUAUUUUUCUUUAUUCUUCAAAUUCUACGACAAACACAUACACAGACUGAAUGUUGUUUAAAUACUGUUGUUUGAAAUAUUUCCAAUAUUUAUGAUUGUAUGUGAGAGAGAAAAAAAAUUGUGUAUUUCAUAAAAACUGAAAUAUUUAGUUUCUAUUUUUCUAAUCUGAUUUUUGUCGGCAGUUGCCGUGUGUACGUUGGUUUUUAACGUUUUCUUAUUUAAAAAUAAACGUUUGUGAAAAUGAAGCGUGUUCUGUAUUGAAAUAUAACUGUUAUUUUAUAUUUAUAUUUUAUAAAUUUUUAUUUUCUAACAUUUAGGACAAAAAAAAUCAAUGUCAGAAUUGUUUUAAAUCCCACAAAAUUCUCUUUAUUGUCGUUAUUAUAAUAGAUAUUAUCGGAAACUAAGGACAAAAGCAAAUGCACAGAUCGUGAACAUCUUCAUAUAAAAAACAGAUAUGAACAUGAAGAAUUAGUAUCAGAGGCACACGUUCAAAGAAAUUAAAGUGCGGCGUUGGGCAGCAAAUUGCUCGGCAACGUUUACAGGGGCGGGGCAAAAGUUUUAGGCGGGGCUAGCCUCUACAUUUACUGUCUAGCUCCUUUUUUUGUUUCUUUUCUUCUCAUUUUGGAACACAUUUAUGAGCUAUGGUUCAAAUGGGGUCAGAUGGGGUGUUUGACUGCCUCCUGCUGGAGGUCCAAUUAGGAACUGGUUCCACAUUAGUUUUAUUAAAAAAAAAAAAAAAAAAAAAAAGGA